GAGAAACUUUGCAGGGUGGGGACUCGGCGGCUACCGCCAGCAGGGACGAGUGGGCGCGCUCUGGCGGGGGGGCUUACGAGGGGCGCGGCCCAGGGGCAGACCCUCGGGCCAGGAUCUUACGCUUCCCCUACCCGCCCCCUUUUGUCUUUCCCCUCAGACCUGCGGGCUGCUGGGGGACCGGCGGCCGCCCCGCGCCCGGAGGUCGUUCCCUCGCAUCCUCCGGGCCGCGGAGAGGAAGAGGCGGCAGCGGCCGGAGUCGGGUUGGGGACGGCAGCCUGAGGUGAGAACCCGGCCGGCCCGCUGGGAAUAUGGCGACCGGUGGCUACCGGACCAGCAGCGGCCUCAGCGGCAGCACCACAGACUUCCUGGAGGAGUGGAAGGCGAAACGCGAGAAGAUGCGCGCCAAGCAGAACCCCCCGGGCCCGGCUGCCCCGGGAGGGGGCGGCAGCGACCCCUCUGGGAAGCCCCCCACGGGCGCGUUGGGCACCUCGGCGGCCGCCGCGGCUAACGAGCUCAACAACAACCUCCCGGGCGGCGCGGCCGCACCUGCCGCCCCCACUCCCGGGGGCGUGAACUGCGCGGUCGGCCCCGCCGCACUGACCCGCGCGGCCCCAGUCCCGCGGCGGCCGGAGGACGAGCCCCCCGCCGCCGCCUCAGGGGCACCGCCGCCCCGGGGCGAUGAGGAGGAGCGGGACGGCGCCUCGGAGAAGGGCAAGAGCUCGGGCCCCAGUGCCAGGAAAGGCAAGGGGCAGAUCGAGAAGAGGAAGCUGCGUGAGAAGCGGCGCUCCACCGGCGUGGUCAACAUCCCCGCCGCGGAGUGCUUAGAUGAGUAUGAAGAUGAUGAAGCAGGGCAGAAAGAGCGGAAACGAGAAGAUGCAAUUACACAGCAUAACACAAUGCAGAAUGAAGCCGUGAGCUUACUAGAUUCAGGCAGUUCCUAUCUGCUACAGGAGUCUUCCAGAACAGUUUCAGGCAGAUACAAGAGAUUACAAACAACCAAUUCUUCACAAUUAAUGCUUUGUAAUUAUAUCUAUCAGGAAGUAGUAAGAGAAAGGCAAGAAAACCUAAGACUUGUGAGACUGAUGCAAGAUAAAGAGGAAAUGAUUGGAAAACUCAAAGAAGAAAUUGACUUGUUAAAUAGAGACCUAGAUGACAUAGAAGAUGAAAAUGAACAACUAAAGCAGGAAAAUAAAACUCUUUUGAAAGUUGUUGGGCAGCUCACAAGGUAGAAGAUUCAAGGCUCAGUGUGGAAUAAAUAUUUUAAAACUACUGAUUGAAUGUUAUGAUCAAUGCUAGGACGAUAUUCCUAUGCUGCAAUACAUUAAAAUAGCGAAGUAUGUAUAUUUAUUUCUAGAAAACGGAUG